AAAAUCUGGUAAUAUAAAACACUUAAUUUUUGAAAACAUAAUUUUAAUAAAAUAAUGUUAAAAUUAAAAUUUUGGGGUAGAGGCUUUAAUAUUUCACAUAAAUGUACAAAGUAUAUAUGUAUAUAUUUUAUAUAUCCUUCCUUAUAUGAAAAAUGUUCUUCUAGCUUAUGCAAGAGCUCUCGGACUACCAGUAACAGGAAUGGACACCAUAACAGUACCUUAUAUACCAAAAUCUCCCUCCUUCCCAAAAUUUGUUGAUCCUAAAAUGAUGAUUUCGAAGAAGACAGAUAUGCUGAGCAACUUGUUUGGUGGCUUGGGACCUGCUUAUCCCAUGAGCUUCAAACCAUUUAUGCCAUAUAUAGUAAGUCCAUCUUUGUACAAUACUGUUGACAAAACACCAUUAUUAAGUAAAAGUAACGUGGAUGAUGAAGCUGGCCAGUACAAACGUGGAAUUUUCGGACCUUUCGGUUCGAAACCUUUUGGUCCUAUGGCUUCUAAGUUUGGGCCUAUGCCUCCAUUUUCAAGCUUAAAUACCAUACCUGACUAUAGUAUGAAGGAUGAGAUUUCCCGCAGAAAAAGAAGCAUAGAUGAGUCUACUGUAACAAAACUCCGUUCAAUUAUGGGCACUGGUAAGCCAGAAACAAAAGAUUUGGGACCUUCACCUCCAUAUCCCACUCUUGCUCCAAUUUCUGAAGAACCAGAAGAAGAUGUGAAUGUACUGCUUAAAAAGAUGGGAGGUCCGACAGCACCAAAACAAUAUUUACCAGGAAUGUUUGGACCUUUUGGACCUGUGGUGGAUCCAUCUAUGUUUAUAGCAAAGAAAACUACCUUUUUGGAUAAUUUGUUUAAAAAUAUUGUCACUUCUACUCCAGCACCAGGUCCGAUCGAAGUUCCAACAACGAAAAGUACCAUUGUACCACCUGACUUUUGGUUACCAUCAUCUGUAAUCCCUAAUCCAACAGAGUACAAUGAUAAAGUAUCAGAGUUCCUGGAUAAAUUGUUUGACACUUUAAAACUGAAUAAAACUGCACUAACUAGCGAUGACGAUAGUGCAAAUUUUAAAAACGAUUUGGUGAGAUCUAUUGUAUCUGAUGGAAGUCAUGCACAAGUAAAAAUAGCAAGAUCCAUUGAAGACCUCUCAUCAAUCAAUGCCGCUAAAGAUUUGAUUGUUAGCAACAUAUUAUCUGAAUUGGGUGAUUUAAAAAGCAACAUGGUUACAACAAUGAACGAUUUGAUUUCUUACGAAAAGUCUGCAACAUCACUAUCAUCAAAGAAACCAUUUAAACCUUUUAGUCCUGGUCCAUGGGCAAAACCAACAAUCGAUGGAAUGUUUUCUUUUCAGCAAAAGAUGGGUGUUUUGAGUCAAGUGUUUGAUAUGUUAACUGAUUUACAGAAGAAUAUUACUUUGGCAGUCCAAAAUAUAACAAAAGCAAGAAUGGCAUCUACAGCUGCUCCCGGAGGAGCAUUUAAUGCCAAUUAUCCAAUGACUAAUGACAUUCUUUCUUCCCCUAGUGGUUUGCCCAUUAACAUGAGUCUGUUGGAUGCUAUUAAACAUAAAUUAGAUACAUUAGAUUAUGGAGUGCCUCUUGCAUACAAUCCGAGUUAUAGUAAAUUCGGGCUACAGAUGGCUCGAUCACUGCCAAAAGGUCCUGGCUCAGUUUGGGUUUCUUAUCCCGAAGAUGCAGGAGGUAUAAAGCGCGAAAUUGUCAGUGGUGCUGAAUCUUUUCUGAAUGAUGGAAGCAGUCAAAAACAACAAGUACGUUCAGUUAAGAUGCAAAUGCAUCAGGGAUAUCAGAGUUUGCCAGCUGGUUCUAUAGAGUCUGUACAGGCAGGUGGGGGAUCUACACCUGAACACCAAGGUGGAAGAAUCAAGUUAUAUAUACAAAUGCCUGUAUUGCCUAAUAUGCAGGAUCCCAGCGAUUACGAGGACUAUUAUAAGUGGGCCAACUGGAUGGAAUACCUGAGAAAUGACAAUAGAGGAUACAGACAUCACAAUCAUCAUUAGAUUACCGACCUAGCAGGAAUAUUUCUAUCACUUGUAAUUACAAACUCUCUAUCUUUUAACUGAUCAUUUUUUUCGCAUACUAUAUAUAACGUGUACGUUUGAUGAUACCUUUCAAUAAAGUAUAUUUUGCAAAAUACAUAGAGAACAUAAAACCAUGUACUGGGAAAGGCACAAGUUCAAAGAAUUUUACUAUUUUAAAAUAUAUAAGAAGAGUUACAAACUUAAAGAUAUAUAACGUUUUAUUAAAUUUACUAUUAUGUUUAUAAUAUACGCUAUAUAUACAAUUUCGUAUGCGGUAAAUGAAAUGAAAAAUAUACGGUUAACAGUGAUGAACAUAAAAUGGUGAAAAAAAUACGUACAUUGAUCAAGCAAUCAUCUGCGCACAUGGACGCAAUCCUGCAUCAAGUGCGUUGCUUUGUUUCUCUGUAAUCAGCAAUGCAUUGCACGCAGGAUAGCGUUAGUGUGUUAGGAAGCACCAGAAUUAAUAACAUGCCUUGGUCUUUGGAAAAACAAAAGAAAAGACAUAUCAUUCUCAUGUCCUAAAUGUUUCAGUUCAAUUUUCCUAUUUGGACUAAUAGUUCAUAUACAGGGUGGUUGGUAACUAGUGGUACAAGCGGAAAGGGGGUGAUCUUACGCGAAAAAAGAAGUCGAAAAUAUAGAAUAAAAAUUUUUCGUUUGAGGCUUUGUUUUCGAGAAAAUUGACUUUGAAUUUUCGCUUGGUACGCGUGCACUUUAUCACGUCUCGUUAUAACGGAUCUCACUGUAGAUCGUUGUCUCGAUUGA